AUGUCGGGUGACAUUGAUUGGACUAAAGCUGAAACAGUUGAUAUCGCUAUCAUCGGUAGUGGACCAGGUGGCAGCACAGCAGCUCUUUAUGCUGCUCGCGCUGGUUUCAAGGUAAUUGUCUUGCAUGGUGAGGUUCCUGGAGGCCAACUUACAACAACUACAGAACUUGAGAACUUCCCAGGCUGGAAGGGAACAGGUCCUGGACUUGUUGAAGCUAUUGAGAAGCAGGCCACAGAAGCAGGAGCUGAAUACAAGUACGAAGUUGUUACAAAAGUUGACUUCUCAGUCAAUCCAAAGCUCCUCUCCACAGAUAUGGAUACACACUAUAAGGCACGCUCUGUUAUCGUUGCAACAGGUGCUAAGGCUCUUUAUCUUGGCCUUCCAAACGAAGAAAGACUCAAAGGCAAGGGUGUUUCUGGCUGUGCAACAUGCGAUGGCCCAUUGUACAAAGGCAAGGAUGUAGUUGUCGUUGGUGGUGGCGAUGCUGCUGCUGAAGAAGCUAUCUUCCUCUCCAAGAUUUGCAAGUCUGUUAAAUUAGUUCACAGAAGAGACCAGCUUCGCGCAAGCCUUCCAAUGAGAAAGAGAGUUGAGGCCUCCUCAAUCCAAAUGAUCUGGAACACAGUUAUCGAAGACGUUCUCGGUGAGAACAAGGUAACAGGUGUCAAAGUUAAAAAUGUUGUCACAAACGAAGUCAGCGAAAUCCCAUGCGAUGGCUUAUUCGUCGCUAUUGGUCACAAGCCAGCUACAGAAGUCUUCAAGGACUACCUUCAAACAGAUGAACAAGGUUACUUCUUAACAAACGGUACUCCUGUUACUUCUAUUCCUGGUGUUUUCGUCUGCGGUGAUUGCGCUGACCGCCAUUACAGACAGGCCAUUACAUCAGCAGCUACAGGCUGCCAGGCAGCUCUCCUCGCUGAGAAAUAUUUAACGGACUAA